ACCGAUCACAACUGCACAGUCAUGUCUAAAAGGCAAAGCCUUUGUUUUCAAUGCCCUUAGGGCAUACACACACACACACACACACACACAUAUAUAUAGUGGCAAUUCUGAUAAAAAUGAAUGAAAAAGGGUUUGAUGCUAUCUGCACCAAUAAGACGCAUGUUUUAUGGCUACUAUGAGUAGGGCAAUAAGCCUCUCUUCAUCCUCUCCUUUUUAAAGUCACGAGACCUUGUGUUCUUUCAAUUUUAGUGAGAGAGAGGGAAUAGGGAUGUCUCCACAAGAGCUGGCAGAAAGAAAAAACUGAUAGAGAACUUUCAAGGCUCCUUUCUUCAACAUCACUCAACUAAUAGCCUCUACAUUGCAGUCCCAAACUGAAGUCUUAUAAUCUCCCAAGCUUUAGUUCUCUUCCAUCUCCCAUCCAAAAAAACAAAAUCACAUUUUUUAAAUAUACUCCUUUUUUCAUCUGUCUUUCUUUGUCGUCUCCAUGAGGCCAGAGGGAAAUCCACUAGACCUCAACAACUUACCUGAGGAUUAUGCAAGAGAUGCCAAACUUGUCUCUGAGGACAGCUCCUCUUCUGCUGUGUACAGGAAAAAGAAAAGCGGCGCUAAGGAAGGAAAAGAUGAAGCCUCUAAGGUCUAUGAGUGCAGGUUUUGUUCCCUCAAGUUCUGCAAAUCUCAAGCCCUCGGCGGCCACAUGAACCGCCACCGCCAAGAGAGAGAGACUGAGACAUUGAACAAGGCAAGGCAACUGGUUUUCACCAAUGAUUUAGCUCCCACAGCCCACCUAAGCUAUGUCUCAACAGGGCAGCCGGUUCCGCAAGGAGGGGAGGUUCCGAUGCCGUUCAGGCCGGUGUACCCGACGAGGAUGAUGCCUCCUCCUCCUCCUCCUCCGCCGCCGCAUGGAGGGGGUUACAUGUACGCGUCGCCGCCGAGGAUGGUGUCGUUCCAUCCGGAAUACUUGGUGGGGCAUGUGAUGGAAGGGGAGAAUAGGUACACGUGCAUAGGGGCGCCGGUGGGGCAGGGAUUCGCCGGCGGGGGUAGAGACGUGUCGCUGCAGAAUGAGGAGGAAGGGCUUGGGUGGGGCCGGAGAUAGACAGGGACAAGAUUGGAAAACGUUUUGGAUUGUAUAUGUCGAUCAAUCUGCAUCAACAUGGAUUCUUUUCUUUUGUUUUU